UACUGUUUUGACACGAGGCAAACCGUAGGACCGGCUCUCAGCGCUCGACGAGUUUCGAGUCUCAGGAUUUUUGAUCGCAACUCUUCCAUCAAUUGCGUUUGCUGCUUGCUGGAGCCGGGAUCAGGUGGAGGUGGAGCGAUCGAUGGACUUGGCGACAGCAUCCAAUUGGAGACUUUUUCUUCAGCAGCAAUUCUCUCGUAGAGUUUACGGCCAGCUGACAAGCCACUCUCCUGAGUUGUGGUAGUUGUAUCGUCCUCCAUUUUCGCUAUGACCUCACUGAUUUUCUCCAAUCUCGUCGACCGUACCUCCAGCAGAUCGUAUUCGAUCGUACUCGUCUUCAUCAAGCUCACCAGUUUCCGUAAGUUUCUCCAAAUGCCCGCCAGUCAUCACAGCAGCCGUAACAUUUCCCACAUAGGAAAUUCUAAGAUGACUCGAUCCCAGGUGAACUAGCAGGCAGCCGAAAAAGUGAAGUUAUCGUAGACGAAUUAAGCAAUAAUUGGUUCAGAACAGUUUGAAUUGUUUUCGGAAGUUCAUAGUUGGACGAACCAUCCACCAUGCCGAAAAUAUCGCCGCAAUGGAUCCGACGAAUACAUAGUUUGUUGCGAUUUCCCGACGUCUCCGAAAAUCCCACUUGAACUCGAUCUUGUGAUUGAGCUCCGAUAUCGUACAAUGCCACUGGUUUUUUGUGAGUUCGCCUUAACGUUCCGGAAUUCAGAUUGAGAGCAGGAUUGCACGUGAGGUCCAGUUGCUUCAAUGCUGGUCCGGUGGCUAUAGAGCUUGUGUGAGCUCCGAGAGCAUUGUUUGAUAUGUCGACGGUCUGGAGCGUAGGCGAGACGGACAAAUCAGGGAUAGCUUUGAUCCGAUUCGAGUGAGCUUUGAAAAUCUGCAAGGCAGGGAGAUCGAAGAUUGAGGACGACAAUGUAGUGAGUUCGUUGGAGCUGAGAUUUAACUCUUCUAACAUGGUAAGUGAGCCGAGAGCACUGUCAUCGAAAUAUCUCAAUCUGUUAUGGGAGAGGUCGAGUAUUUUGA